AUGCCCUUUUCUUUCAAGCGCGCUCGCCAACAGGAGCCCGCGGCCUUCCCUCGAUCGAUUCUCGAUGCAGUCAAGUCGUUCUAUGCCACAGAGACCCAUGCUCAAGCUGCGACGACCAUCACGACUCCCGCGAAUACGAACACGAAAGCGCGCUCCCGACAUCAUGUAGCGCGCCAUCCUAUCCGUCUUCCGCACCGAAUCACACAACUCCCACCGGAGGUUCUCGCGCACAUAUUCGUUCUGGGCGCUGAAGAGGAUGUGAUGUUUCCCGUCACAGUCUCUCACGUUUGCAGGGCUUGGAGAUAUGCCGCACUCCACACGCCUACCCUAUGGCGACGCAUUACCCUGGAUGCAGGCAGUCUACUGAUGUGGAACUAUAGGAUACACCGCGCCAAGGCAUGCACUCUCGACAUCCAGCUCUGCCCCCAGAGCGCGAUGUCCCACCUUGGCUAUUACAAUCACGUCCAACUGUGUAUGCACGUUGCCAUCCCCUACAUACACCGCUGGCGCUCCCUAGAAGUUCGGUUCAACGGAUACGCGCCAUUCCUAUGGAACGCCGCUUUAUCUGCGUGCUGCGGCCACUCUCCUACAAUUGAAGCCCCUGCCCUUCGCGAGCUGACCCUCGUUUACCCCGAGAAUGACGACACGAAGGAGUUCGCGCUAUUCAACGGAUUCGCGCCUCGUUUGCGCCGCGUAACCAUACAGGGCAUCCGUCUGGCAUGGUCUCCGUCAGUAUUCCAGAACCUGACAUUUCUGGACUACACACACCACGGGUUUACUCGAGGCGCCCAAGCUGCGUCCGAGGUGCUCUACAUGCUACAAGUGUCAGCAGGGCUGGAGGAGCUGCGUUUAGCGUUUCCAUGGAAGGGCGACUCGGCCUCGCGCUACGCCCUCUCCGCGUCGUUCUCGCGCUCCGUUAUCCUGCCCCGACUCAAGAAGCUCGCCUUGUACAUCGACGGGGCCGACGUUCCGCCUGCGCUGACGUAUACCCUCCCGCACCUGUCGCUCCCUGUCCUCCGCUCGCUCUACCUUGUGUCCCCAGCCGCACCGCGCCACUCUCAGCACCCUGAGGUGUUCCCACAUCUCCGUAACGUCCUGAAGUCAUUUCCCCGCCUCCCGGCACUGAGCAGCCUGCACCUCGCGCAUGCGUGGCUGGACGAACGGUUCCUCGCGUCGCUGCUCGCCACCUUAGCAUUCCCCGGGAAGCCGCAUCUGACGCUCACCCUCGAGGGCCCGCAGGUCACGCAUCCGUUCCUCUGCCACGCGCUCCGGCACGCGGGCAGGAGGCUGCGCGCACUGGCGUUGGUCCGGAGCGAGAAGCUGACAGCGGAAGCAAUUCUGGACGUUAUCAACCGCCUAAGCGGAGUGUAUCUCCAGAGCAUCCCGCCUGGGGCCGUGCCCGCGAUUUCCGCGCUGUACAUCCGCGACUGCAAACACGUCGACUGGCGGUCGCUGCAGUGGAUCGCGGCGGUGGGCAUCCUGCUGAAGGUGUGGGAGGGGGGACGAGAAGUGGACAUGAGGUAUGCUCGGGCGUCGAAGAAAGCGCGCUUCCGCUGA